CAGAGGCCCUGGGCUCCGGGGUGGAGGGCACAGGCUCCCUACGGCGGGGUUCCAUGCUCACCCGCUGGGCCCCCAGACGAGGCAGGGCUGCAGCUGGCGCGGGAGACGCUGGAAGAGCUGGACUGGUGCCUGGAGCAGCUGGAGACGCUGCAGACACGGCGCUCGGUGGGGGAGAUGGCUUCCACCAAGUUCAAGCGCAUGCUCAACCGCGAGUUGACGCACCUGUCGGAAACCAGCCGCUCAGGGAACCAGGUGUCGGAGUACAUCUCGCGGACCUUCCUCGACCAGCAGGCCGAGGUGGAGCUUCCCAGGCCGCCCACGGAGAACGACGACCCACGGCCCAUGUCCCAGAUCACUGGACUGCGUGGGCCCCGCCCCGCCAGCCUCCCCACAGCUGCCGUCCCACGCUUUGGGGUCCAGACAGACCAGGAGGGGCAGCUGGCUAAGGAGCUUGAAGACACCAACAAAUGGGGACUCGAUGUGUUCAAAGUGGCUGAGCUGAGCGGGAACCGGCCCCUCACAGCGGUCAUAUUCAGCGUCCUCCAGGAGCGGGACCUGCUCAGGACGUUCCAGAUUCCCGCGGACACGCUGCUGACGUACCUGCUGACGCUGGAGGCCCACUACCACGCCGACCUGUCGUACCACAACAGCUUGCACGCCGCGGACGUGGUGCAGUCGGCUCACGUGAUGCUGAGCACUCCGGCUCUGGAGGCCGUGUUCACAGACCUGGAAGUCUUGGCGACCAUCUUUGCAUGUGCGAUCCACGACGUGGACCACCCCGGGGUCUCCAACCAGUUUCUCAUCAACACCCACUCGGAGCUGGCCCUGAUGUACAAUGACAUGUCGGUGCUGGAGAACCAUCACCUCGCGGUGGGCUUCAAGCUCCUGCAGGCAGAAAACUGCGACAUCUUCCGGAACCUCAGCGCCAAGCAGAGACUGAGUCUGCGCAGGAUGGUCAUCGACAUGGUGCUGGCCACAGACAUGUCCAAGCACAUGAGCCUCCUGGCAGACCUCAAGACCAUGGUGGAGACGAAGAAGGUGACGAGCCUCGGCGUCCUGCUGCUUGACAACUACUCCGACCGCAUCCAGGUCCUCCAGAGCCUGGUGCACUGCGCCGACCUCAGCAACCCCGCCAAGCCGCUGCCCCUCUACCGCCAGUGGACCGAGCGCAUCAUGGCCGAGUUCUUCCGGCAGGGCGACCGCGAGCGCGAGUCCGGCCUGGACGUCAGCCCCAUGUGUGACAAGCACACAGCGUCCGUGGAAAAAUCCCAGGUGGGAUUCAUUGACUACAUCGCCCACCCUCUGUGGGAAACAUGGGCCGACCUGGUGCACCCUGACGCUCAGGAGCUAUUGGACACCUUGGAAGAUAACAGAGAGUGGUACCGCAGCAGGAUUCCCCGCAGCCCCACACACAUCGUGGGCCCCGACCGCUUCCAGUUUGAGCUGACCCUGCAGGAGGAAGAGGAGGAAGAGGAGGACAGUGAUGAAGGGCAGAGCUCAGCCCUGAACAGGUCCUCAGAGUCACCCAGCACUUAACUCCUGUCCUCCAAGGCUAGCCCAGAGCCCAGGGUAUGCUGUAUCCGGCAAGAUUUUGGGCUAGCCUGGCAUGGACCAUUGAA